AUGGCUCGUAUCGUGCACAGAGAAACGGGGUCUUCAACUCAUUCGAGGGUCCGAAGCUUGGUCGACCUUAACGACGAUGUCCUGUUCUUGAUUUUCGACUUGUUGGACUACAAUUCGCGACUGGACAUGUCCUAUGCAUCCUCCCGCUGUCGGGAGGCUCUUUUGCCGCACAUAUUCAGAGCAAUCAGAUGGGCCCCCGCCGCCCACGACUUCCCCUCACGGAAACUUUGGCCAUAUGCUCAAACCUUCUUGCUCUCCGGAUACAAAAUCUUCGACUUCACGUCCACCAUGUACGAAGAUAUCGCAGCGCAAAUUCGCGAGGGGCUCGUUGGGAUGAAGCAGCUCAAGACAUUCAUUGUAGAAAGCAAUGUCAUUAGUGGUCUGUGGUCCGAGCUGCUGGACGCAUUUUCCGUUUUGUCUACUCCAUGUCACCUUUGCCUCCGAUCUCAUUGGGACCCCCCUUACGCGGAUUACGCGUCACUCAUGCUGGAGCCAAGGAAAGCCGCGCUCCCGUUCAACGAGUUUACUUUCCCCUUUGCAUUCGUCUCCGAUAAAGAAGGGAAUGUUGCCCGAAGAACGCCCGCGGCUUGGGUACCUGAGCUCAACAACGUCCGCACCAUACUUGUAGCAGCUCACACCACACUCGAAUCUGUCUGGAUCCCUGGAGAACUUUUUCCUGCGAUGCAAUACACAACUUGGAAUGCUCUCACAGAGUUGUAUCUCUAUGGGCUAUGGCCGGUCUUUGGCAACAAUCCUCCUCUGCUUGUACCGCGAACAGAGUCGAAAUCUCGCUCCACCUCCCCCACAUCGAUACCAAAACACAUUUCCGCUGAUGUUUCCUCGGCCACGGAAAGCCUAGCAGAAAUCUCAACUUCUGUGUCAGUUGAUGCGUCGCGGCUUCCUCUACCGACCGAAACCGAUAGUAUACCUUCUGCGAAAUCUCGCUCCGCUUCCCCCACACUAGUAGCAGAGCGUCUUACAACCGAUAUUUCCUCUGUCGCCGAGAACGAUGCCGCAUCUCCUUCAUUACCUAUUCUGGACACGAAUUCGGCUCGGCAACCUGACGAAUUCGUGCAUUUGCCACCUCCACCGGCAGGCGAGGUGGAAACUGAAUCGCCUACAACCCUCGCCAUAGCCACAUCAAUUCGCUCUCCGGUUCUAGUGAUGCUAGAAGCUAUGCCAAAUCUACGUAUUCUGGACAUGAGUAUGGUGCAUCAAGCUGACGAUCCUGAGCCUCCAGGAAUGGUGAUAUGUUCACCAGAUGCCCCGCCAAGCUCCCCUUCUACAUUUCUUCGCCAUCUCAAUACGGCCCAACUCACUUCGGUGUCAAUGCAAGAUCGCACUGUUGAAUUCCUUCCCGCCUCCCUUAAGAGUCUUUCACUCACUCGAACCCCAUAUAUGCUUUCUCCGAACGCCCAUCGGACACCGCAAACGCCAUCUAGUCUGCUGGCCAUGCUCAAGAAGGUCGAUUUUCCCAGUCUUCUGAGUCUUAAAAUCUGGUAUGCCAUCUUGUCGCCGGAUGAACUCGCCCACGAGAAAGCCUUGCUGGAGUUCCUCCCGACAGCAUUCCCCUUGCUGGAACAGCUUGAGCUCUGCAGACGAUGGGAUGCUAUGGCAAUUUCGCUUGAAGGGCGUUGGGACCCCGUCCCCAUCGCAAAAAGACUGGUGUCGCAGUUCAAAAAUCUGCGGCUGUUUAAUUUCGACCCACAUCCCCCCGAGCGCGUCGGAUGGCCACCCGCGCUGCAUCCGACGAGUGAGUUCCGCGAGUUUGUAGGCCGUUUACAUGCGAUGGCAGAGGAGAUUGUGAAUGCGGCGCCGUGGAUCUGGGAAAUUGGCAUAUUUCGCGAAUAUGGCUUGGACCCGGAGUUGUACUGGGAGUGGUGGAAUGUUGUGCCUGGUUCCGCCGCCACCAAUCAACGACUCGAUAUUUUAUCCUUAGAUGUGCCAAUUCGUUCUCAUUUUGAACAAAAUAUAUGUACGGCUUCACUCAUCAACUUGGAAUGUACUAUCUGUCAAUACUAUUUUUUAGCCUCGAGCACGAUGCUGGGCCGACUGUCACCUAUUGUUAUUCGACAUCAAGGAAUGGCCCGCAUUGUGCGCAAAGAGGUAGAGGAGUCUAGCACCCCGCUGGCUAGAAACUUGGUCGACCUCAACGACGAUACUGAAAGUCUCGACUCUGUGCCAGCGUCUCCGAGUAGCCCUUCUCCCCCGAAUAUUUCGCGCUGUGGGAUGGGCAUCUGUCGCUUCCGACUUCCCCCGCGUGAACUUUGGUCAUUCGUACAAAUCUUCUCAGUUUCCGGCUACGAGAUUCCUGAAUUUACACCACCAAUUCGCCAAGAUAUUGUGGCUCAAAUUCGCGCAGCCUUUGCUGGAAUGAAACGUCUAACGACAGUAAUUAUCGACGACAUCAAAGGUGGUUUGUGGCCAGAGCUAUUGGACGCGUUUUCGAUGUUGCCCUCUGCAUGCUAUCUAGAACUGGGGUCUCACUGGGAGCCGAGGCAGGAAGACGAAGCAUAUACUGUGUUGAGACCAAGAAGAAGAUCCAUCCCUCUGGCCAGCUUCAGAUUUCCGUUCCCAUUUGUCUAUGCCACUGUGCAAGAUGCUGAACAGGCGGCUCGGCGACGACCUCCAGGUUUGGAUCAUGAAAUACACAACAUCCGUACCAUACUCGCCACAGCCGCCGAAACACUAUCUUUCGUCUACCUCCCAGGCGAAAUUUUUCCCGCCAUGCAUGGCUCGACCUGGAGCGCUCUUACCGAGCUAUUUCUCGAGGGCUUGUGGCCUGUUGAAAAGACAUCGGGUCCGAUAGUGAAAGCCCCGAGUAUUCCUCCUCGAGAACUAUUUUCUCAACCCAGGCCAAGGCAGCCAGCGGAGCCAGCUGAUGAACAUCCCUCCCUUCAUGAGGACGAGUCGGAAGCAGCUGCUCUGGCCGAAAUCACACUACCUGUGUCAACAUUGGUUUCUCCAACAACCGUCGACGAAAAUAUUCCGAAGGUUGAGGCGUUUAUUCUACCAUCAAAUGGCAGCAAGACCACAGAAGGGGAGGUGGUUUCUGAAUCAUCGACGGCGGCAUUACCAGACGAUCUGAUCCCCGUGUCUGGCGAAGGGAAUGGGCUUUCUGUUACAACCGCAUCUAAAACUACAAUCAAUGAAAGCCCUCCAAGUCCAUCCUCCUCAUCGCUUUCGACAACACCACGACCCGUGGAGUCACUCGUGGUCCACCCCGAUUCCUCCGCCACAUCGACUCUAUCUUCUUCUGAACACUCGCCACUCUUGUCAAUCUUUGAAGCGAUGCCGCAUCUCCGCAUUGUAAAAAUGCACCUGGUCCACCAAAUGGAGGACCCUAAACCUAUGGGCGGAGUAAUAUGUGCUUCAGAUGUCUUGCCGAAGUCCCCGACCACUUUCCUUCGCCAUCUCACGCAAUUCCAAGUCACCUCACUGUCUCCAAACGACCGCACACUGGAAUUUCUGCCAGCCUCAUUGGAUUUCCUCUCGUUUUCGCGCCAUCCAUACAUGUUGCCUUGGGGAACAUUCCGAGCCCAGACUCCUUCAAGUGUGUUGACGCUGCUCAAACGUGCAGCAUUUCCGUGUCUGACGACUCUCAAGAUAUGGUAUAUGAUCGACUCAUUGAGUGAUAUCGAGGACGAGAGGGACCUGGUGGACUUGGUUCCCGACACAUUUCCAAUGUUGCAAACGCUGGAAGUUUGUCGCCAAUGGCAAAGCCUGGCCACUGAACUCAAAGGACGGUGGGACCCAGCUCCUGUCGCGAAAAGACUAGUUUCGCGUCUCAAGGACCUUCGAGCAUUUUAUUUCGACUCUUCCCCUCCGGAACACUUGACGACUGAACUACAAGGACGGUGGGACCCAGCUCCCGUCGCGAAAAGACUGGUUUCACGUCUCAAGGACCUCCAAAUAUUUUAUUUCGACUCUGCCCCUCCCGAGCGAUAUGGAAGAGCACCAUAUAUAUUCGUCGACAAGGAGAUUCGCGAGUAUUUGGGUCGACUGCGAGAUAUGGCGGAGGACAUCGCCAGCGCGGCGCCGUGGCUCCAACAAAUUGCGAUGUACACUGGGAAAGUGAAGCUCGAAGAGCGUCGACGACAUAUCAAACUAGUUUGA